AUGGACCACAGUGAGGGGGCUGCCGUAGCCCCAGCUGGCAUUGCCGUGCCUCAGGAGUUGCUGGAAGAAAUGCUUUGGUUUUUUCGGGUAGAAGAUGCAUCUCCUUGGAAUUAUGCCAUUCUUACCCUGGCCUCCAUGGUGAUCGUGAUAAGCACCGUCCUCCUGGGAAGGAGUAUCCUGGCAAACAGAAAUCGAAAGAUGCUGCCACCGCAAACCCAAACUCCGGAAGUCCUAGAUCUGGCAGAGGCCGGAAACAAAGAUGACAGCAGCAUGAACACCCUAAAGGAGACUUUGCUCUCAGAAAAGCCACACUUGGCCCAAGUGGAAAUUGAAUUCAAAGAGAGAGAGAUGUCCACCACCGCUUCUCCUCCAAGACCCCCCAGAACCUGA